AAGUAUACAUUUGAUAGAUAUGCAGGAGGAGAUAACAGAUAUGAAGAGGAUAGAUAUAGAGAUGAGGAUGAUGGUAUAGCUAUGCCAUUGGAUCAAGAUGAAAGGGGGGAUGCACACAAAUAUGAUGAUAUUUAUCAUGGAGAUGAACGUCCUAAUGUGCAAAUAUUUGGAAAUACAUCGCUGGACAGAUAUAGCAAUCCAGUACUUGAUACAGCAGUUGACAGAUUUGAUGACAGAGAUCGAGAUAGGUUUGGUGAUCAGCUAAUGUAUUCACAACUAGACAGAUAUGGGAAUGAGGAAGAAGCACAGCCUUUAGAUGUUAGACCAGAAAGAGAUGAAGAUAGGUUCAAGGAUCGUUCUGUGGAUAGAGAUUGGUAUAAUGAUCAAAUUCCCGCACCAGAUAUAAUUGAAGAUAGAUAUGUGGACCAAUCUGUAGACAGAUGUGGUGACACAUAUGAGGAUCGUUUUGGAGAUGUGACGGAAGACAGAUAUGAAGAAAGAAAUGUGAAUGACUUUGUGAAUGUUCCACUGGAAAGUAGAGACAGACGUGAGGAUAUGGCUUCAGGUAUAAUGCAUGAUAGAUAUGGUCAUGAAGAUGAUGGCAGAUGCGAUGAUCAGGGUUUAGAUGUAGCAGAAAUUAGAUACAGGGAUAGAAAUAGUAUCGCAUAUGAUGAUAUAGCUUCAGAUGUAUCGGAAGAUGUGCUCAAGGAUAGAGAAAGUGACAGAUAUGAAGAUGAGGUUGCAGGUGUAUUGAAAGACAGAUAUGAGAACAGAGACACAGGGUCAGAGGAUCAGGGUCUAGAGUCACCAAAAGACAUAUAUGAGGAUAGAGAUAGAGGCAGGUACGAGGAUCAUAGUCUGGAGUCACCAAAAGACAUAUAUGAGGAUAGAGAUAGCGACAGGUAUGAGGAUCAGAGUCUGGUUUCACCACUAGACGUAUAUGAGGAUAGAGAUAGAGGCAGGUACGAGGAUCAGAGUCUGGAGUCACCAAAAGACAUAUAUGAGGAUAGAGAUAGAGGCACGUAUGAGGAUCAGAGGCUGGAAUCAUCAAAAGACGUAUAUGAAGAUAGAGAUAGAGGCAGGUACAGGUACAAGGCUCGGGAUGUACAAAAAAACAGAUACGAGGAUAGAUAUCCAAAUGAAGUUCAGGCGGCUAGAAAUCUAGACACGUUUGAAGAUCAUAGUUCAGAUAUGAUAGACGACAGAGAUGCAGACAAAUAUGAUAACCAAACUGCCAAUGUUAUAGAAGGUAGAUAUGAGGAUAGAAACAGAGAUGCAUGUGAGGAUCAGAGUCCAGAUGUGAGAGAACACAGAGACAGAAGUAGAAACAGGUAUGAGGAUCAACCUGAAGAUAUAAUACAAGACAGAUAUGGGACUACAGAAAGAGCAGAGUCUCAAAAUGAUGAAUAUAUUGAUCACCCUCGGGAUAUGCCACUGGACAGAUAUCAAGACAGUGAGAGAUUCAAAGAUCAACCUAGUGGAGGAAAUACUAAUAGAGGUAGAAAUAGAUAUAGAGAAAACAGAGAUGGUGUACAAAGAUACAAGGGUGGAGACAGAUAUGAGGAUCAGCCUGGAAGUAUGCCUCUUGAUAAGUAUGAAGAUGCAGAUAGACAAGGGCAAAGGUACAGAGAUAGAAGUGGAGAAAGACCUAUUACAAGUAGUAGGGAUCACUAUGAAUCUAGAAGACAAAGUAGAUAUGAAAACAAAGCCUCAAGUAAAAGUAAAGAGAGAGCAGAAUAUAGUGGUAGUGAUGUACCAACAGACAGAUCAAAAGGAAGAAAUAAACACAGAGGCAGUUUUAUAUCUGAAAGCAGCAGAAACAGAGAUGGAUACAUGUCAAAUUUCAUAAGCAGUAUUUUAGGCUGUGCUAAUCAAUUUAACUACAUUUUAUCUUGUCAGCAACUGGAAACUGAUAACCAUGAUGAUUCAUCUAGGAAUGCUGAUCCAGACGUUUCAGCUGAAAAAGAUGUGAUGGCUGAUUUGUAUGAUAUAUUUUACUGUUCUCUAUGUGAGCAUUUUUCUGAUGAUGUAUCCGCUGCUGAAGCACAUUUCAAGACUGACAGUCAUAUAAGAAAUUAUAAGUCAUACUUGGAAGCUGCAUGCCAGGAAGAAUUAAAAAAACGAAGAGAACAGGCGGAGCAACAAAACGCUGAGGCAAGAAAAUCUCAGUUGAAUGCAGAUUUAGCAGCACAAGCUAAUACUAAUAUGAAAUAUCCAGGUCGUCGUGUAGUGACAUCCACUGCUAAAGGGGGAAUUAAACUGACACUUUUAAGAAAAGGUAAAAAUGCUGGUUAUUCCAAAGGUGAUCACCACCAUUCAGAGUCAACAGUUUCAAGUACCACUGCUGUGGACCAUAGUAAGUCUGAAUCGUCAUCUGCUAAUGAUGCCAACAAAUUCUUCAGUAAACUGAGCGAAGAUGAAGAUGGCAAAUGGCUCUUUAAAAACGCCUAAAUCUCUGUCAAGAUUUAUGACAACUUAUUAUAUAAUUAGCAUUCUUCAAAACAUGGGACACAUUGUCUUAUGAGUACAAGCCUCACUGAAGUCAGCAUUAAUGGUGAUCAGAUAAUCAUACAUUCCACAGUCACUAUAUGCAUUAUAUACUGC